AUUCAAUUCCCAUUCCCACCCUCCUCACCUGGUCUGACCAUGUCGUCCUCCUCGGCUUCAGUCCCUCCGUCCGUUAAGGGCAUGCGGAAGAAUGGAAAAAAUUGGCACGACUCCAAGAAGCCCUUUCGCCCUACGGCGGGUAUGACCUCCUAUGCGAAGCGCCUGGAAACCCGCAAACACCAAGAGGCCGUCAAAGAGCACGAAAGGGAACUUAAGGAAGAGAAAGAGGCUGAGCGGAAGGCCCAUAUCCAGCGAAUUAAGGAUCGCAGAGCCGCCAAGGAAGAGAAAGAGCGCUAUGAAAAGAUGGCCGAGAAGAUGCAUCGUAAACGUGUUGAGCGCUUGAAGCGCCGUGAAAAGCGCAAUAAAUUGUUGAAUUCUUGAUGCUGCCUAGAGCUUGGUCGACCCUGGACAGUUCAGUGUAUGCUGUCGCGGUUGAACUGUUUCUUGCUGUUUGCUAGCUGCACUGGAUGCAUGGCGGUUACCUACCAGCUGUUCGAAAUUUGCCUUUUCUUCCUAUUCCUACACGCAGAAAUCGCCUUCCUCUCAUUUGCGCUGAGCUUUCGGAAGAUAAUGUGGCGAUAGGCGGCCUCUUUUCACAUUCUUCAAUUUUCUCACGGGACAAAAAUGGAUCAUGGCGACCUUGGAGUUGGGGGUUCUGGAUACUGGUUUUUAAAUUUACUCAUACGGAAGCAAGAAACAUCUUUACAUAGGA